AUGAAGUUGGCGGUCCUCUGCUACAGUCUCCUGUUCUCCUCAGUCACUUCGCAGACGCCAGCAACUGCUACUGGCCAAACGACGCCUUACGAUGUGAAAUGGGAGUUCUACGAUCCGAUCGACAGUAUCCAGGGAACCUACCGGCUCGUGCGGACCAGAAUGUUAGAGCAUCUUCCAGAACCUUUCAACGUUUUCCGCUCGCUUUUUCAGCGCCGAGAACCCGCCGUCGCUCGCCACUUUGUGGGAGUCCAGCAAGACGUUCCACGUGGUCGCGUGGCCUCCGAAGUACUGUCACGCGUGAGUAUUAUCCGAUAAGGUAGGGUUUGACAAUGAUGGUUUGCAGCAUCCAUCUCUGUUUCAUCGAUAAGGCAAAGAAGGGAAUCGGAAUGUUCCACGUGGAACAGAAGAUGUGCGACGAACAGUUCGUCAAGUUCUACCCGCACACGGGAAGAAUCGACAUUAAGCGGCAGGCGGGAGCGCAGGCCGAGACAAAGUACAAUCAGAUGACGUCGGUCCGAUUCAUCAAACAGGAGUUGGAGAACUUUGAUAUUCCGGUGACCGACAAGUUCUACGAAAAGGAGAGCGACUGGUCGGCACGGAAGGAGGAGACGGUGACCCUCGACUUGGAAGGCAAGAUAAUGCUGAUGCUGACGAACAGUCGCUUCUGCUUCGCGCACGUCGCCAACGGAAAUCCGAGCAUGCAGUACACGGCGCUGCUCGAUCCGGACAUGUACUUUAACCAGACCGCACUGCCCACGUUCGCCACGUCAUACGAUAAAGCCAAGGGACACACGUCCAUCUUCGCACCGCCCAUCGACCUGACGACGAAGAAAUCGAUUGACUUGUUGCCGGUGAGAGCUUCUGGUCCUUCUGGUCGGAUUGGAUGAAUCUCAAUGUCUGCAGGUGCUACAAAACCCGAAGUUCGUGACCAAUUCGAGAAUCCCUCAGGACGUGUGUAGUUCGUUCGUCUCGAAGUCUGUGAAUCCGUUGAGAACGUCGAUCGGAACGAUUUCCAUCGACUCGUGGCUCGGUGGCACUCAGAAUGCGAAUGCGGUCAAUCGAAACGAGAACUUUUUGAUCAAAAUUGGAAAGUGCAGUUGGCUGCGAAUCUGGCUCACGGCGGCAGGUCAGGAUGCAAAGGCCUACGGAAAGAUGAAGCUCGCCGAGACGAUCGACAUCUUCUUCGAUCAGCAGUUCAUGGUCCCUCCGGACAGCGACGAGGCGCGUCCGCUCUACGGAGACUCGACGCAAAUCGGAAUGCUCUCGCUGAGAAGACACAAACUGGAAAGCAAGUCGGCGGGCGCUCCGGACGUCGUCGAGUUGGCCUACGGAAGAGACAACGGACCGGACUUUCCGUUCAUCGAGUACUUCCACAUGCCGUCCUACAUGGAGAGCAGCUUCCAGGUCAACUUGAUGAAGGCUCCAUCCUGCGAGGCGACCCUUCUGCCGGUGAGUACCAGAAACGAUCUGGAGAGGUGCACGAGAAGGUUUUCAGGGUAACCAGGACUUCCGAUUUUCGUCCGCCACCCUCCCACAGACCAAUAUUAUGCAAUUCACCUCGUGCAAACGCUUCUUGCUGACUCCAGAGACAAAGUGA